ACGACCCAGUUGCGACAUAAAGUGAACAGAGCUGGUGUGAACUUUUUAUACGCCAAACAAACACACAUCUCGCUACGGCGGUGAACAAGGGGGUGAAGCUUAUUUCAUAGUACGUCGUGAAUACGACCAAGAACAAUUAUGAAAUACAACGUUUCGCCACGCUGGGAACUGACAAAAAGGACGGAAGGUCUUAUGACGGGCUAACACAAGUGCGCAGUGAAGUCUGACGGAAUAAAUCUCACUCCCGCGACAGGUUAACGGUGUCGAUGCACGAUGUGGGCCUACCUGUAGACCUCAAUGUCUACAACUACAGAACAGCCAGGUAAAGGGAAUUUCCUGACCGAAGAAAUACUAGUACACAGUCGUUCCCGAGUAUUAAGCAAGACAAGUUAAAGUACGGCGGAACGGGCCGUUCACCUGUUGGUUUUGAUUCGGAGGACUUUGAUAACAUGAACAUCUAUAACUGUAGAGGCCUCAGAGGCGGGAGACCUCGCUCAGUGUAGACAUUCCAGUUUUGUGCCCGCAUUCACGGGCACCAAGGAAAAUUCGACAAAAAAAGACGAAAAACCAGGAAACAAAGAAACCUCAACCAUGACAGAAAAGGGAAGCUUAUGGUGGAAAAUCACCAGAAGAAAAACCCUGGACACGGACGUCCUUCAAACCCCCUUACGACGCUGUCUCACAACUAUUGACCUCACCCUCUUCGGCGUCAGCCAAAUGGCGGCCAGUGUCUUCAUGUUGACGGGAAUCGCUAUGAGAAACAAGGCCGGACCAGGCGCGACACUCUCGUACCUAUUCGCUGGCGUAGCGGCCCUACUGUCAGCCUUGUGUUACGCCGAAUUUGGCGCCAGGGUGCCAAAGGCUGGCUCGGCGUACAGUUACACCUAUGUCGUGAUCGGGGAGUUCUUGGCUUUCAUUAUUGGGUGGAAUGUAAUCUUGGAGUAUCUCAUUGGCGCCGCGGCGUCGGGACGCUCGAUAGGUGGAGCUGUGGACCAAAUCUUUGGAGGACGGAUUCAUAAUUGGACGGAAACCAACAUUGGGGUGUGGUCACUAGGGAUCGCUGAAACCUCCCCGGAUUUUAUUGCUUUCUUCGUUAUUCUCAUCACAUGUCUCAUUAUCGCCAUUUUGGGAACCCGCGAGUCGGUGUCCAUGAACAAUGUGUUCGGAGUUGCUAAUAUUCUGAUCGUCUUGUUCACGGGCAUACUAGCGUACUGUUUUGCAGACACGACGAAGUAUACAGACGGUUUCUUACCAUACGGAUUUCCCGGAGUAAUUGCAGGAUCUGCUACAUUGUUUUAUGCAUAUAUUGGCUUCGACGCAAUAUCCAUAAUCAGCGAGGAAGCCAUCGAUCCCAAUGACUCGGUUCCAAGAUCCUCCGUGUUUUCUGUUAUACUAGUCACAGGACUGAAUAUCUUUACAACUGGCGGAUUAAGUUUGCUUUUACCGUAUUAUGCGCUCUCAGAAUCUGCCACCUUCGCCAACGCAUUUGAGCGCAGAGGGAUCUCAUGGGCCGCCUUGCUGGUGGGCGUGCUUUCAAUCUUCGCUCUGACGUCAAAUCUGAUCGCCACCCUGUUUGCUCUCCCAAGAACGGUCUACUCCAUGAGCUCGGACGGUCUUUUCUUUGUGAUAUUUUCUCGGAUUAGCGAACGGACGCAAACGCCGACGAUCUCGAUCGUAGUCUUCGGGCUCAUCGCUGCCAUAUUGAGCCUUCUGGUCAGUCUGGAGGCUCUUGCAGACUUGGUGUCAAUUGGUACGCUCGUUGCUUACACUUUUGUCGCUGGAGCGGUCAUCGUUUUACGAUACGCGCCCACAACCAGCCACUCUUUCGCAAUGAAACCCGAACAGUUAGAAGAAGACUACGCCCCAGUCCUUGGGGACGCAGCGACAGAGGAGUCGCUCUCCGAUAAAGAGAAAUCUAAACUACUCCAAAGGAAAGAUAAAAUCCCGCAGAGAUACUCUUACGCAGAUUUCGGGAAGCUUAAAAGGUAUUUCUGUGACGUGCCCGUUAUUAGUGGUGCUGGGCCUGGAAAGAUGGCGACACUAGCGACAGUGUUAAUGGGGAUGUUUAUGUUUGCCUGGAGCGGCGUGGUGAUAUACUCCAAGGACUAUCUCCUGGAGGGGGUUUGGUGGAGCGUUUGCCUCUUCAUCUUCACCACCUUGGGACUGGUUGGCUGCUAUUCGGUGUUGAUAAUGCACGUGCAGAACGAUGCUUUCCUCACAUUCACGAUGCCUCUGGUGCCUCUCCUCCCUGCCCUCAGUAUGUGGGUAAACAUCGCUAUGAUGAUGUACCUGUCCUGGAUGACGUGGCUGCGACUGGCUAUAUGGGGAGUGGUUG